GCCCCGCCCUCCGCGCAGGCCCCGCCCCCGUCGCGCUUUACGGCCGCAUCUCGGCGGCGUCGCGCGGAGCACCGGGCUCGCCUCAGGCCAGCAUGGACUCCCGUUUCACGCGGGGCAAGUCCCCGAUGCUGGAGCGCGCGCUGGGCCGGCUGCGCUCCGAGCUCUCGCUGGCCAAAAUCCCCGUGUCCCACGUGUCCCCCAUGUCCCACGUGUCCCACAUGUCCCCGGCCAGCAUGGACUCCCGUUUCCACGCGUGGGAGCCGCUGUGGCGGGCGCUGUUCGGGCGCGAGGCCGACAAGCUGGAGCAGGCCAACGACGACGAGCGCACGUUCUACGUGAUCGAGAGGGAGCCCGUGGUGAACACGUUCGUGUCGGUGCCGCGCGAGAACAGCUCGCUGAACUGCGCCGCCGUCGCCGCCGGGCUGCUGGAGGCCGUGCUGGGCGGCUUCCCCGCCCGCGUCAGCGCCCACUGGCACAAGGGCACCACGCUCAUGAUCAAGUUUGACGAGGCCGUGAUCGCCCGCGACAAGAGCCUGGAGGGACGCUGA